ACAACUACAACCACACCAUCAACAACAAUGCCUGCACCUACAACUACAACAGUUCCAACAACUACAACCACACAAUCAACAACAAAAUCUACAGGUGAACCAACAAUGCCUGCACCUACAACAGUUCCACCAACCACAACAAAAGCACCAACAAGUACAACCCAACAAACGACACUUGCACCAACGUCUACAGAUCAAAUCAUGCCUGCACAUACAACAACAAUUUCACCAACUACAACCAUACUACAGACAUCAACUACAACCACAAUAUCAUCAACUACUUCACCAACAUCUACAACUCAACCAACAACGCCUGCACCUACAACUACAACAGUUCCAACAACUACAACCACACCAUCAACAACAACAUCUACAGCUGAACCAACAACGCCUGCACCAACCACAACAAAAGCACCAACAAGUACAACCCAACAAACGACACUUGCACCAACCUCUACAGAUCAAACCAUGCCUGCCCAUACAACAACAAUUCCACCAACUACAACCACAAUAUCAACAACUACUGCAACAACAUCUACAACUCAACAAACAACGCCUGCACCUACAACUACAACAGUUCCAACAACUACAACCACACAAUCACCAGCAACAUCUACAGCUGAUCCAACAACGCCUGCACCUACAACUACAACAGUUCCACCAACCACAACAAAAGCACCAACAAGUACAACCCAACAAACGACACUUGCACCAACCUCUACAGAUCAAACCAUGCCUGCACAUACAACAACAAUUUCACCAACUACAACCAUACCACAGACAUCAACUACAACCACAAUAUCAACAACUACUUCACCAACAUCUACAACUCAACCAACAACGCCUCCACCUACAACAACAGAUCCUACAACAGCACCAACUACAAACCAUCAACUAACAACUACUUUGCCAACAUCUACAACUCAACAAACAGCACCUGCAACUACAACAGUUCCAACAACUACAACCACACCAUCAACCACAACAUCUACAGAACAAACAACAACGCCUGCACCUACAACUACAACAGAUCCACCAACCACAACAAAAGCACCAACAAGUACAACCCAACAAACGACACUUGCACCAACGUCUACAGAUCAAACCAUGCCUGCACAUACAACAACAAUUCCACCAACUACAACCAUACCACAGACAUCAACUACAAUAUCAACAACUACUGCAACAGCAUCUACAACUCAACAAACAACAACUGCACCUACAACAACAGAUCCUAAAACAACACCAACUACAACCACAAUAUCAACAACUACUUCACCAACAUCUACAACUCAACCAACAACGACUGCACCUACAACUACAACAGUUCCACCAACCACAACACCACCAACAAGUACAACCCAACAAACAACACUUGCACCAACGUCUACAGAUCAAAACAUGCCUGCACAUACAACAACAAUUCCACAUACGACAACCAUACCCCAGACAUCAACUACAACCACAAUAUCAACAACUACUUCACCAACAUCUACAACUCAACCAACAACGCCUGCACCUACAACUACAACAGUUCCAACAACUACAACCACACCAUCAACAACAAAAUCUACAGGUGAACCAACAAUGCCUGCACCUACAACUACAACAGUUCCACCAACCACAACAAAAGCACCAACAAGUACAACCCAACAAACGACACUUGCACCAACGUCUACAGAUCAAAUCAUGCCUGUACAUACAACAACAAUUUCACCAACUACAACCAUACCACAGACAUCAACUACAACCACAAUAUCAUCAACUACUUCACCAACAUCUACAACUCAACAAACAACGCCUGCACCUACAACUACAACAGUUCCAACAACUACAACCACACCAUCAACAACAACAUCUACAGCUGAACUAACAACGCCUGCACCAACCACAACAAACGCACCAACAAGUACAACCCAACAAACGACACUUGCACCAACCUCUACAGAUCAAACCAUGCCUGCACAUACAACAACAAUUCCACCAACUACAACCACAAUAUCAACAACUACUGCAACAACAUCUACAACUCAACAAACAACGCCUGCACAUACAACUACAACAGUUCCAACAACUACAACCACACCAUCACCAGCAACAUCUACAGCUGAACCAACAACGCCUGCACCUACAACUACAACAGUUCCAACAACUACAACCACACCAUCAACAACAACAACAUCUACAGCUCAACCAACAACGCCUGCACCUACAACUACAACAGUUCCACCAACCACAUCAAAAGCACCAACAAGUACAACCCAACAUACAGCACUUGCACCAACGUCUACAGAUCAAACCAUACCUGCACAUACAACAACAAUUUCAUCAACUACAACCAUACCACAGACAUCAACUACAACCACAAUAUCAACAACUACUGCAACAACAUCUACAACUCAACAAACAGCGCCUGCACCUACAACUACAACAGUUCCAACAACUACAACCACACCAUCAACAACAACAUCUACAGCUGAACCAACAACGCCUGCACCUACAACUACAACAGUUCCACCAACCACAACAAAAGCACCAACAAGUACAACCCAACAAACGACACUUGCACCAACCUCCACAGAUCAAACCAUGCCUGCACAUACAACAACAAUUCCACCAACUACAACCAUACCCCAGACAUCAACUACAACCACAAUAUCAACAACUACUGCAACAACAUCUACAACUCAACAAACAACGCCUGCCCCUACAACUACAACAGUUCCAACAACUACAACCACACCAUCAACAACAACAUCUACAGCUGAACCAACAACGCCUGCACCUACAACUACAACAGUUCCACCAACCAAAACAAAAGCACCAACAAGUACACCUACAACAAUGGCUCAACCUGCAUUCACACAUCAACCAACAACAAUUCCAUCAGCAGUUACAACAUCUACAUCUUAUUUUGACCAAGAUUUGACAGUACUUUCCUCUGCUACUUUCAAGAUGAGAUUCUUUGAUGAAUCAAGCAAUGAAGUCAUCACAUAUAUUGAAAAGUUUAUCAAGCAAGCUAACAUUAAAGGGACUAUCAAGAUUACUGUGAAGAAUUCAAGAAAAUUGUUUCCCUAAGGAUCUUACAUGGACAAUGUACAGUAUUUCAUUUAAAUGUUUGUAUAAAGAAAUCAAUGGAGUUGCCAUUAUGCAAAUGAACACAUUUUCACUGCUGAGUUGUAAAAAUUAAGUUUGUUUUUAACAAUGAUUAUAAUCUAGCUGAAACUCUUUGAAAAACGAGUCUUGAUUGUUAGUUAAGGAGCAGUAUAGCUGUCAAAGUGAAAAUUUAAAAGUUGGUUUAAAACUAAAAUGUACAUCUUGCAAUAGAUAGGCCUAGAUACAAAGUAGGCCAACAACAAAUGUGCACAUUUUAUGUACAGUACUUUUUGUUGCUAAUGUAAAUUUGAAAAACAUUUAAGCAAUGGCAUGAUGAAGCACUGAUCAAGCAAUAUAAAAUGCACUUGAUUAAAUCCACCAUUGCUCAUUUUUUUAAGUAAUUCAGUCCACACAGUGGUCAUCUUGGGUAGCUUACAAAACAUUUCAGCCAAGCUGAUGUUUUGAUAACAUGUCAAUCACCAAAAAAAAACUCUGCCAUAGGGCACCUACACUCUAAGGUCCGACUGUGAAUUUGGUGACUAGGAAUGCGUAAGAUCCAAGGGUCUGGAAAGAGCCAUAUCAUUUUGAAAUUUAGCAGGAAAGUACAUGGACUUUUGAAAAUACAACUAGACCUGAAUCCUAAUUGGGUCUCUGAACUUGUCAAUGCAUGUCAGAGCACAUUGCAGCUAAAGUUUGCCAAGCAUUUUAGCCAAUAUGAUGUGUUUUGAAAUGCUCUUAAUAUUUUUCUUUUGUUUGAAGAAAAGAACAUGUAACCUUAAUAUUAGAAAUUCUUUGGUGAUAAAUUAACAGACAAUUAUAACACUUAUUUUUGCCAGUAUUUUCAUGCCAUGACAGAAUUCAUAUUUUAAAUGUUCUUUAAAUGAUGAAAAAAAUGUGUGCUGCUCAUUUACUAUGUAAUCCACAAGUCUUAAUAUCCAUAACAUGGAUUUAACAUGGAUGUAAGCUGACCACAGAUGAUGAAGUUUAGUCUUGAACUGGUAAGAAAUAUUAUUAUAUGAACUAUUGUAAAAAUAGUAUGUAUAUAUAAUUUACACUUUAAUAUAAAGGUUAGAUUUCAGCUCAUCAAAUUAUGCAUAUUACACAAAUGACACAUUUCUGACCUAAAUUCCUCAUUUCAAGUUAACUCCACUA